GGUGACCGGGCCAGGGCCUGAGGCGGGGGCAGGUCCUUGAACCCAGCCCGGUGGAUUUCCCACGCGUGCCUGGGUAGUCCUCCGCAACUUCCACACUCCAGCCCAGCUGCCUUCCGUCCUGAGGGGACAGGCCCAGGCGACCGCCAGCUGAACUUGCCUGUGUCGGGCAACCCCGCCCCAGUUUCCCUCUCUUCCUCACUCACUACUUCCUCACUCUCUGCUUUGCGGCCAGCCUGGGGGGACCCGGCCCGUGGCCCUCCCUUGCCUACCUGUCCUGCUCUGCUGAGGGUGGGACGGAGGCAGAGGUCUUCGCGGUCACCUCGCUGUCGCCUCUGUCUCCGGCCGGCCCAGUCCACUCCGUCCUGCCCAGGACCCUGCCUCUGUGCAGAGAACCACAGGAGGCAUGGGACCUGCCUCCAAGUCAUGUCCUGCUCCCCAGCCGGGGAAGGUCCUGCCUCCGCCCUCCCUCUCUACAGCUGACCUAUACUUGCUGGGGCGGCCGAUGGCCAGCUGAGCACCCCACUUCCUUCAGGAGGAGCCCAGGCUCUGAGGAGUAGAAGGGGGGGCUGCAGGCUGGCCUCCCGCUUGACCUCGGAGUGGACCGUACCACAGUGGGGGGAGUGUGGCCCGCCUGUCCCCCUGCUGAGGCUGGGGGCCCCUAAGUGGCGAGGCGGGGCCGCAGGGCCCCUUCUGAGCAGGUCCCCCCUCCGUCCCCCCCCCGCCCCAGAUCGUGUACUUUACGGCUACCUUCCCCUGCAUGGUCCUUAUCGUGCUGUUGGUGCGGGGGGUGUUGCUAUCCGGCGCCCUGGAUGGCAUCAUCUACUAUGUCAAGCUUGACUGGUCGAAGCUGGGGUCCCCUCAGGUGUGGAUAGAUGCCGGGACCCAGAUUUUCUUUUCUUUCGCCAUCGGCCUGGGCGCCCUCACGGCGCUGGGCAGCUACAACCGCUUCAACAACAACUGCUACAAGGACGCCAUCAUCCUGGCCCUCAUCUACAGCGGGACCAGCUUUUUCGCUGGCUUCGUGGUCUUCUCCAUCCUGGGCUUCAUGGCCGCAGAGCAGGGCGUGCACAUCUCCAAGGUGGCGGAAUCAGGGCCCGGCCUGGCCUUCAUCGCCUCCCCCCUGGCCGUCACGCUAAUGCCUGUGGCCCCCCUCUGGGCUGCCCUGUUUUUCUUCAUGCUGUUGCUGCUCGGCCUGGACAGCCAGUUUGUAGGUGUGGAAGGCUUCAUCACCGGCCUGCUCGACCUCCUCCCGGCCUCCUACUACUUCCGUUUCCAAAGGGAGAUCUCCGUGGCCCUCUGCUGCGCCCUCUGCUUUGUCAUCGACCUCUCCAUGGUGACUGAUGGCGGGAUGUACGUCUUCCAGCUGUUUGACUACUACUCGGCCAGCAGCAGCACGACCCUGCUGUGGCAGGCCUUCUGGGAGUGCGUGGUGGUCGCCUGGGUGUACGGAGCCGACCGCUUCAUGGACGACGUCGCCUGCAUGAUCAGGUACCGCCCUUGCCCCUGGAUGAAAUGGUGCUGGUCCUUCUUCACCCCGCUGGUCUGCAUGGUCAUCUUUAUCUUCAACGUGGUGUACUACAAGCCGCUCGUCUACAACACCUACGUGUACCCGUGGUGGGGCGAGGCCAUGGGCUGGGGCUUCGCGCUCUCCUCCAUGCUGUGUGUGCCCCUCCACCUCCUGGGCUGCCUCCUCAGGGCCAAGGGGACCGUGGCUGAGGGUACAGAGACACCUGUGAGAACACUCGUGCAGGGCAAGGUGGCUCACUAGAGGAAGGUUGGAAUAGAGGACGUGGAGUCAAGCUGCAGAAUCCAGCACAGAUCUUCCCCAUGGCUACUUGGCACCAAAAACACUCGUCUCGUAAGACGUCACAGUAGCUCACGCUUCCUGUGUUCCAGGCUCUCUCUCAAGUGCUUUGUAUACGUCAACCCGGUAUGUCAGUUUUCCCGCAAGCAUGAUAGCAGCCACGGUCUCCUCCUGCCGUGUUGCCACUGUCCUUCAAAGCGUGAGCGCAUGCUCUCUCUCCACGGCUGCAGAGACUCAAAGCCUGUCCAUCUCUGGAUGGUGCUAAUUGCAUCUUUACUCCAUCCGUAAAAUCGUGUGGAUAGCCUGUAAUCCGUGGGCUAAAUUAUUAAAUUCACCUCCACCAAUUUAGCUGGAAUAAAAUAGUAGAGGGAACAUGGGGCAAGGAGGAAAUUAGCUAGUCCAAAUGAAAAGAUGGGUAAAGUGGCAAAGAAAUCAAGCAGGCCUAAGGGUUACAGUCCUCACUUCUACAUUAGACGUGAGGCUCGCAUAGGCACUUUUCGUUUCUUUUAUCUGCCGUCCUUUCCCUCCCCGUUCCCUUUGCCCUCAGCCAACAUCCCAGCUCAUGAGGAUGGGGUGACCCAAGCCUUCUUUCCCAAGGGGGCUGAGCCCUUGCUGGGCCAUAAGGACUCACUGCCAUCUUCCGCUGAAUUUUACCUUCCCACGUAGCGGUACCAGGAGAUGCCCCCGCCCCCCAAAUUCUGUGGGUCUCCAGCACACUUCUCCCCAACCCCAAUGUAGGGCAGCGGCUCUCUCUCCUCUGGAUCACCAGGAUACCUCUCCCCAGCCAAUGCAAUAACCCCUCUGGCUUGUUGGUGCAAGAGCACAAGGAGCCCCAAAUGGCCAGGGAAAUGCUGCAAAGUCAGUUUAGUGCAGCCUUUUUGUGGAGACCGUGACGGUGAAUGAGACUUUGGUAUGUCCAGGGACAGCAUUGCCGGCAAAACCAUGUCAGCAGGGAGGGCAGGUACGUAUGUAGACAGACUAUUCCAGGAAGGAAAACUUGUUGCCCCCUGCAUGAGGGAGGGGGUCCGAUGUAGUCAACAUUUCAGCAGAUCGCCUGGGUGAUCUCUCUCAAGAAUGACACCAUUAUGUGGGCCUCUGUUUUUGGUAGAUGGGGCAUGGAGCAGUAAUAAUACCCAGAUCAGUCUUGCCGAGGUGAAGGCCGUGUUGUUCAGCCCGUGAAUAACGGCCAUUUCUGUCCCCAUGGCCCCUUUUAUCAUGAGCCCACUGAGUCGGAAUCGGGGCAACGGGGGGAGGGAGUGCCCGGUUGGCUCAGUCGGUUAAGCGGCCAUCUCUUGAUUUCAGCUCGGGUCAUGAUCUCACAGUGCGGUUCGUGGGUCCAAGCUGCACGUCGGGCUCUGUGCUCACUGCAUGGAGGCGGCUUCAGAUCCUCUGUCUCCCUCUUUCUGACCCUCUCCCGCUCGCACACUGUCUCUCAAAAAUAAAUAAGCGUUAAAAAAGAGAACCGGGGUCCCUGGGGAAAGAGGCUGACUGCCAUGCACAGAAGGGGUCGUCUUAUCUACCUGAUUACCAAAAGCCCCCUCUGUACUGGGUACACCUUGGUGAACAUGCACAAGGAAUGAAUGUUUCCUCACGAUGUGGACCCAUUCUUGGAAGUCCAUUCAUAUAGUUCUUCCCCAGCCUGCCUUGCUAUCAAUCCUCCAUCAAAUGCUUCCAGGUCUGAAACACACCCCCUGGAAGGGACAGGGCUGAGGUACAAUGGCGGCCAGCUGGGAGGGUUGUGGGGGUGGUACAACGGCUUUCUGACAAUCAGUUAUUCACCUUCGUCGUUAAACAAGUCAUCCUUUCCCUACUGAUCUUCAACAUCAACUUCACUAUGUAAUUAUUGCCCAUAUGUGUUGGAGACAUUUUCUAGACUUUCUCUCAAGCCCAUUGUUGUGUCUGAAUAUGCCCAUACCUGCACCACACUCCCCUUUGAAAAGAAUAUGACAGGGGAACCUGGGUGGUUCGAUGAGUUAAGCGUCUGAGUUGGUUCCGGCUCAGGUCGUGAUCUCACAGUUCGUGAGAUCGAGCCCUGAGUUGGGCUCUGCGCUGACAGUGCAGAGCCUGCUUAGG